AUGGGUAGAAGUGACUUUGGUAUACCCUGGGAGGGAGACAGACGCCUCACGGAUCUAGACUUCGCCGAUGACAUUGCUUUGACAGCAGAGUCUCAGACAACUCUUCAGGACAUGACAACAUCAGCAGAAACAGAAGCGGGGAAAGUGGGUCUAAGGAUCAGCUGCCAGAAGACCAAAGUUAUGCAGGUGGGAGACCAACAAACGAACACAAACCUGCACAUCAGUGGAGAGCCUGUUGAAAACGUAAGGCAGUUCACAUACCUCGGAAGCACCAUGACAGCAGAAGGGGAUACAGACACAGACAUCAGUGCUCGCAUAGGUAAGGCAGCAUCAGUCUUCAGAAGGAUGAACCCAGUGUGGAACAGUGGGAAGAUAUCCAGAGUGCUGAAAACCAAGCUGCUACAGUCAGUAGUAAUACCAACUGCACUCUAUGCAUGUGAAACAUGGAAGAUAACAACAAGAAUGCGGAACAAGCUGGAUGCCUUCCAACAACGAUGCCUCCGUAAAAUUCUACACAUAACAUACAGAGACAGGAUCACCAACGAGGAGGUAUACCACAGAACUGGUACAAAACCACUCAGCACCACCAUCACCGAGAGGAGAAUGAGGUAUGCUGGACAUGUCCUCAGGAUGACCUCAGACCGACACGCCAAAACAUCUGUGUUCUGGAAACCAGAGGGAAAACGGAAAAGAGGGAGGCCUAAACUAACAUGGCGACGUGCCCUUCAAAAAGAUCUGGAAAGCAAGGGGAUAACAUUGAAGGAUGCCGAGUCCCUCGCCGAAGACAGAACUGAGUGGAGAAGACUUGCUGCCCAAUGUGCCUUGCACGGGAGGAACUAA